AUGGAGCGUGGACAGGAGGGAGAGGCUGACGCGGACACGGACACGGACGCGGCGGCGCUGGUUUUGAUGAGGAAAGCUGGAGCAAAAGAGGGAUCAAUUGGAUCCAAGGGUGCAGUUGAUAUGAAUAGUUCACCUGUUUCCACAGCGAUAGCAGGAAGGCCAUCGAAGUUGAUGAUCAAAUUUUGCACUUGCACUGGAAGGUCAUCAUCUUCUUCACCUCAUAAUCUUGAGAACACGGAUAUUUCAAUGACCUGCAAAGGAUGUACUGGUGAAUCAACAGCAGACAGAGGUGGGCCAUCGUGUAGCGGCAAGCUUAACAAUAUGGGCUUGGAGCUCCCAAGGCCUCUGGAUCUUGAGGUUAGAUGGAAGACUGGAAACAGAAGGCAAAGAGCCACCAGGAGAGCAAGGACCUCCUUUGGCGAAGGAACAAGCAGGGAUGGAAUUGGAUCUUUCUAUUUAUUUGGCUGUGCUACAAAUCAAGAGAUGUCACAAGAUGCUGCAGUCUCUGAAUCUGAGAAGCUUGGAGUAUCCAUUCUUGGUAGACGCUUUAGUGAUCCCAUGGAAAAUGGUCCUAUAAAAAAGAGAAGAUUUCAUAUGGAUUGUUCUCCAUCACCUCCACCAACUCCAUUGCUAGUGGAUCCAUAUGAGAAGGUACUGGGAAGCUCUUCUAAAGCUGCUAGAUCAUAUGAGAAGCAUUGCAAGCUUAAGAUGCAAGGAAUUGAGUAUAAGGAGGAAAACAAAGGCCGUUUUGGUGCCGAUGAUUUUUCUGGUAUUGAUAUACUAGCUUCUGCUGCUUGUGAGAGUGAGAUGGGUGGUGAAAUAUUAAAUGGGGAAUGCUCAAAGUUAGCUCACCCCCCAGAAGAUAGGAAGCUGGAAAAUACUACUGGUAGCAGCAAAUUGAGUCUAUUACAUAACAUGGAGGAUAAGUUAAAUAUUCCUGGUACUUCACAUUGCAUAUAUGAUAGGCCUCUCGGGUCUUCUAAUUCUGCUCCUGAUAUGAAGUCCUUAUUUGUUGCCACACCAACUAUCUCAGAAAAUCUUGUUGAAUCGGCAUAUUCUCCCAAGGUUAAUUGUUCAUCCUAUUCUGCACUUAACAGUGCAGACAAAACAGAGAUUGUUUCUGAUGCUAAGUCUUCAAGUGUUGCAGUUGCAAACAGCUCGGACAAUCCAGAAAAAACUAUAGGAUGCUCACAGGAUACAGUUGUGCAAACCAACCAUGCCAAUGCGACUCGCGAUUCUAGGCUGCACUGGGAUCUUAAUGUUGCCAUGGAGGCAUGGGACACUGAUUGUGGUGAUGUUGAUGAUCCUUUAGUUUCUACUGUAAUUGAUCAUGAUGAUGCUAGAAAUGACAUGAACAAACCAGGGACAUCUCAUCAUUUUGAGUCAAGAGAUGGUAGUGUAGCUGAUCACUCUGUUGACACAAUUCAUAUGGCUGAUGCACUGAAACAUGUGUCUGCUAAUACAAAGGGUACAUGCGAUUGUCCUGCUGACGGUUCGUCUCACCCUUUGCAAAACUUGCAGCUAUUGGAAUCUGGAUCUGUAGGGAACGAUGCCCUUGCAGAAACAAUGGAUUUGCCUGACCAGCAGAAUAGUAGGUUUGCUUCUGUUAUGGAUUCAGACAUUAGAUCUGAUCCAGAACCAACUAUUAUCAUGGAUUUUGCUUCAGCUGCAAAUGUGGAGAAAAUCGAUGGUUCACAUCCCAAACCUGUUCAUUCUGAAGGUUUGUCUAAUAUGUCUUCUAUGAAUGUCCAUGUUGGAAGUAAUUCACUCCAAAUAAGUGAAUUGGGCACCACAUUAAAGCCUUUGGCUAGCAGAUUAGUUUCUGAGGAAAGCACAAACCUUCCAACAGUAGGCACUUUCCAUAAAAAGGUUACUGACUUUGGCUGGAGUGAUAAUAAGCUUGAAGAAGCUUCUGAACAAAGCAUAUCUGAAUCUAAGAACCAGGAGCUUUUGGAUGUUGAUUCAGGAACUAGUAAGAAGGGUGAACAUGAAACUAAUAUAUUUUAUGCCAACAAAAGAUCCAAAGAUGCAGAAGAUCUCACUCAUCCAGAGGACAAUCAUGGAUCUUCUGAUUGUGAUAUGGCUCAUGCACAUGAAGAAGAUGGUGCUGUUGCAAUGAUUAAUUCUAAAGAUUCUUUAAUUACUUGUGCCAACAGUAGCACUUUAGAGACAUAUUGCAUUUCAGAUGCGGCUCCUCAGGUUCCUGGCCCCAGUUCAGAAUGCCACAAACCGGAAUUUAUUACCGAUGCGGGCAGCACUGUGGAUUCAAAAGCUGCAGCACACAGCUACCAGAAUGGUUGCGAAAAUGAGCUUGGGAAGGUCGUAUCAAAUGUUUGUUCAGAUCAAUGCUUUGGAACUGACACAUCACAUAUUGGCAAAAAUCUAGCUGGGGUUGAAAAAGUUGAUGUUGAGGAGGAUGAUUCUCAAUAUGAGGAUGGGGAACUUAGAGAAUAUGAUGAUUAUUAUUGGGUGGGUGAUGGAUAUGAAGAAGUUAAACAUGGCAAUUGGCAUUAUCAGGUAUCAGAAGAUUACAAGAAUGAAGAAACCACUCCUGGCCUCGCGCCUCUCCAUACUGAUUCUAUUGCAAAGAAUGUGGUUAUUCCUGUUGCUAAUUACAAUGGAACACAAUCUAGAAAGGAAGACGUUGCUGUUUCACCUGUCUCAUCUAAGCGUUCAUGGUUAACAAACUGCCUAGAUGGUGGACCUAUUGCUGAUGGAAAGGCUCAAAGUAUUCAUUCGAGAGGUGAUACUAAGAUGUAUGGGUCAAACACAGGCCGUGUAGCAGUUAGAUCUGCUACAACAGUCAGCCAGUCUGAAAGGUGCAAUGAUGCCUUAGGUGAUGAUAUGUUAAAUAUCGGAAUGAAGAACACAGGUUGGGAUAUGAUGCCUGAAGAUAAAAAACACUCUCAACAUGAUGCAAGGGACAUGACUGAUUCGUCUAACCGGUGUGUUUUGAGCUCAGAUGCAGCUAGAGAUGAUGAGUCGCUGCGAAAAAAGGGACUAUCGAAUAGAGAUCUUCAACGAGUGGAGUGGCAAAAAUCAUUUGACAGACCCCAGAGGAAUGAAAUGAGCAGAUCUGACGAUGGUUAUGGCUCAGGCUCAAAAUCUGAAAGGACAAUGGACUCUCAUAGAUCGCAUGGCAUGUAUGGUGCAUCACGGCAUGUUCAGACAAGCGGCCAGGGGGAGUGGGUGGAAAAUUCAAAACAUCCUCGUCCUACUCGGCGCAAAUCACCUGAAUAUUAUAAUUAUGGCCCAUCAGGUCCAAGGAAUGCUGCAGAAGCUGCUGUCGCAAAGAUGGAGAGCAGUGGCUUUGUUGUUGCACGUGAUGGCACUCUUGUAAGAGCUGUUGAUGCUGCAAAUGCUGGUCAGAUGCCCAGAAGGAUGAGAAAUACUUUAAGUAGCUCAGGCCGCCUGAUUUCUGGACGGGGUUCCCCAAUUGACAGGGAUGGAGCUUGUGGGAUGUCCAGAGGUCCCGUACAUGCUAGGGAAGCAUCUCCAGAGCGUCACUUUGGUGCAAAUAGUAACCGGUCCAGUCGAUAUGGUCCUGAGAUGGAGAAAGAUCAUACUACUGAUGGAAAUUUGAGUUCUGUCCGUUGCUCGCUGUCCAGUAGACAACGAGGCACCCCGACGUCGAGAGCAUCACUUAACCUUUCCCGUGCUCACAGCAGGUCUCCUUCUGGGUCCAGGUCUCAAUCCCCACAUGAUUGGGCACCUAGGAACAGAAGCAAGAUCAUGGCAAAUGGAGGUUCAACUUUACGGAGGCAUAGUAGAUCUCCACCUAAUCACAUGGCUAAAGGUAGAAUUGUUCGAAUGGCUUCACCUCAGAGACAACCUGGAUAUGAUGAUCGAGCUAUGCGUUACAGUCCACUAUCAAGAAACAACACUUACUCCCAGCAUGCUUCAACAUGGGUUGAUGGAAGGAACAGUUCAGCAGUAGAUAUUUCUGAUGAUCAUACUAAAAGAUAUUCAAGGAGAAGCCCACCUCUGAGAAUUGCCUCACGGAAUGACAGAUUUGAUGUAAUGGACUCCCAAGGACGACCAAGGUCUGGAGAAUUCUACCGUCCGACACAAGGAAGACUUCUUUAUGGUUAUGAUAGGGAAAAUAAGCAUGGCAGAAAUGGUGAAGAUGAAAGGGAAUACAGUGAUAGAUAUGCGAAUCAUUCUGUCAAGCCAUAUAAUCGGAGUGGUGCUGUAAAGCAAUUCAGAAAUAAUACUGGAGAUAAAUUUCGGACUCGUAUUUCUGCUCCCAGAUCGCCAGAACUCCAAAGGAGGGCGAAACCAAUUCCAGGGUGUGACAGGCGUGUUCAGGGCCUGGGUACAUACUCAUUGAGGCAUGCUAAUCUUGUUCACUUCGGAUUAUAUUGUGUAUGCCAAAUUGCGGUGGUCAAACUAGGAAAGCUAGUUGUUUCUGCAGGUGUUGGGAACAACCAGACACUGGCUCACAACAAUCUGUGGGGCACGUCCCGCAACUCUGUCGCAGAAGCUUGGAAUAAAGCUUGCACAUGCCAUCUUGAAACAGGCCAGGAUGAGAAUCUCCUGAACUUGUUGCAAGCAUUUGCUCCUCUCAAGCCUAUUCCGGAAAAUGCGGGAGGUGUGACUGUGAUGCCGCUCCUGGACCAUCCAGACGGUUUCAUGGUGGCUAGUUGUCAUCACUGA